AUGUCGGAUCACGAGACUGCAAACAGCGCAGCAACAGCAACAGCGACAAACAACGAGUCAACCACAAUCGAGCCAGCCGCGACAUCUGCUGAAGCAGCAGCAGCUGGGCGUGCCACCGGCAACCUAGAGGACGCUCUGUUUGGAGACGACGAUGAUGAGGACGAGGAGCAAGUGCGCGCCGUUCAACGGAGUAGCAGCCGACAGAACGGCGAAGCUGCUGAACCAAGCGCUCCAGUGAACGGCGGUUCUGACGACGACGAAGAUGACGAAGAUCAAGCGAUCCGCCGCAAAGUUCGUCGUCCUCGACAGCGUGUUGCGUCCGCAUCGGCUUCUCCGCCUCCCACCGGAUCGAAUGGUUUGACCGCGCCUCCGCCCCUCGGCCCCUCUUCACCCAAUCGUGAAGGCGACGACCGAUCCGACCGAUCAUCCCGCAGCGGCAGCCCCUAUGACCGUGAAGGAUCUCAAGAGAUGGACGAGGACGCUCGACGCCAACUCGAGUACAAGGAGGACGAGGAAGAGGAUCUGCAACCGGACGACAACAUCGAAGUGGCUCACCUCUCGCUCCCGCAGCUGCCCGUCCGAAGAACAAAGGAACACUGGCUUGCGAGGAUACCUCACUUCCUGCGUUACGUCACCACCCCCUUUGAAGCCGACAACUGGGAUGAGGAGCAGGAGGAAAGGAUGUUGCUCGAUGAAGGGUUCAACUCUGGCUUUGGCAACGACGUUGGCGCUGCUAGUCUUCUCCGCACCUCGAACACCAUCCGAUGGAGGUAUACGGAUCAGGUCGACGAGGAUGGUGCCAAGGUGCCUGAAUCGAAUGCGAGGAUCGUGCGCUGGAGCGAUGGCACCAUGUCGCUGCAAGUCGGCAGUGAACUGUUCGACAUCACACAACAGACGGAACAGGGUCGCGUCUCUACCGUCAACACGGGAACCAAUACGCCGCAGCAAGUCGGUUCUAGCUCCAAGGCGGCAGGACCUUCAUCGCAGCUGGUGAGCCAAGCCACGCAGAGCAUGCCCAUGGGCUCGAGCGGCUCAUCGAACCGUCCUGCUCAGUCUCUCUCCUAUCUCGUGGUCCCGCACGAGCGCGAACAAAUCAUGGAGUCACAAGGCCCUAUCGCCGGCUCGCUCGCAUUCACCCCCGCCGAUACGCAGUCCGAGACGCACCGCCGCAUCGCCAAAGCCCUGCGUUUCCAGAAGACCGCUCGUGUCGUGGCUACCGCUGCUGGCGCCGGCGCUCUGGACCCAGAAGUCGAAAAGGCACGUAUCGAAAAGGAGCUCAAAGAUGCCGAAAAGAAGCGUAUCCGCGAACGUCAAAAGGAGGAUCGCAAGAGCGGCAAGUUUGACGACGACAUGUUUGACGUCGAUUCGCGCCGCAGGAGCCGCUACGUCUCGGGCAGGAAGGCCGGUGCAGGCCCACGCAACGCCGACUACUACAGCGAUGAGAGUGAUCUCGGCGGCGGCGCUGACGACGUCGGUGGUGGUCGAGGUGCAAGCAAGAGGGCUGCCGCCUCGCAACGCUACGCCGAAGACGACGACGACGGGUUCAUUGUUGAUGACGAAGGUGACGAUGACGAGGAUGAGGACGGUCAAGGUCGUGGUGGCGGACGACGCAAGAAGAAGCGCUCGUCCGAGGACGAGGAUGGUAUGGAGGUCGACGACGAGCCCGAUGAGAUGGAGCUGGCCGAGCAAAAGAUCGAGGAGGCCGAACGUGCUAGAAAGAAGGCCGCGGCUGGCGAGUCCAAGGACAAGCCGCGUAGGCCGGAGCCGGCCUUCUCGUCGGAUGAGGACGAGCAGGACGCAGAGGGUGACGAUGACGCUGCUCAAUCGUCAAGUCAGAACAUCGCCAAAAAGAAGCGCAUCAUCGAAAGUGACGACGAGUAG